GCAACAUGGCUGAUUUGCUUGGCCUAGCAUUCCAAAUAGGUUAACGUUGGUUUCUGUUUAUAAUUGAUAAAACUUUGUUUGGUGAUACUGACAAAAAAUUGUGUGUGUGCAUUUGUGAAAAGAGGCGUGUAUAAUGAUAUAGUGUAUUUUAUAAUCAUAAGGUAUCGAAGUAAUUAACCAUGGAUUUCGGACACCCUCCACCGAAUAUGGGGAUACCUCCUCCAAACAUGGUUAUGGGUAUGAAUAUGGGACCACCAGUUGGUAUGCCCGGUAGAAACAACAUGCGCCAUAUUAGGCCGUGCAACUACCAGAUGCGGUUUCCACCCCAAGGGCCACUGAACAUGACACAAGAUGAUUUUGAUGAUGACCCCUUGGCGAUGGUUGAGUGGGCUAUUACUAAUAUUAGCAUGUCGAGCAAGCCAAUUCGACAGCGGUGUCGACAAAAACGCUAUAACAGAUAUGAGCGACAAUGCUACAGAACGCCUUGAAAGAAUUAACGGCACACCAAAUUAUAGACUGAUUAAGCCAGACAAAAAUACACCGUGGUUCCCGGAGCCGCAAAUAAAGCUCAAGAGCUGCGUGAGAGAAGCCCGAUGUGAAACACUUAACAAGACGAGUUGCUUGGGAACGAAGUUGCCCUACGACAAGACAAGCGUUCAUCUUACAUUUUUUGAAAAUCAGUACCAAAUACAGACGCAACUGGAACUCUAUAGAGAACUGAUAAAUGUGCCAAAUUGCUGGGCCGUUAUACAGCCUUUGCUAUGCGCCACUUUCAUGCCCAAGUGUGAAAGAAUUUUAGGCCGCGACAUGGUUUUUUUGCCCUCCUAUGAAAUGUGCAAGAUCACAAUGGAACCAUGUUCAAUAUUAUACAAUACCUCAUAUUUUCCGUCCUUUUUGAAGUGCAAUGAAACGUUGUUUCCACCAAAUUGCGAGAAUACAAUGAGAGAGCUGAAGUUUAAUACAAGUGGAAAGUGUCUACCACCCCUGAUACACACCGAUAAACCUCUGCAUUUCUAUGAAGGCAUAUCAGGGUGUGGGUUGCCCUGCCGAGAUCCUCUGUACACUGAAGAUGAACAUCAACAGAUACAUAGACUAGUGGCCUGGGGAGCCGGAAUAUGUCUUGCAUUGAAUCUGCUGACCGUCGCCACCUUCUUAAUAGACUGGCGGAGUGCUAACAAAUACCCAGCACUGGUAAUCUUCUAUAUUAACGUGUGCUUCGCUGUCGCUUCCAUGGGAUGGCUGAUUCAAUUUGGUGUGGGAUCCAGAGACGACAUAGUCUGCUCUAAGGAUGGUACCAGACGACAAGGCGAACCUUCUGCUGAAGAGAAUUUAUCCUGUGUCGUCGUUUUUGUUUUGGUAUACUACUUCAUGAUGGCAGCCUGUGUGUGGUUUGUUAUAUUUACAUACGCGUGGCACAUGAGCUUCCGAGCGUUAGGAAAAAUCCAAGACCGUAUAGACAAAAAGGCGGCGUACUUUCAUCUAGUGGCAUGGUCGCUGCCUCUAAUCCUCACUAUAGCGACGAUGGCAUUCGGCGAAGUGGACGGCAGUAGUGUCACAGGCAUUUGUUUCGUGGGCUACGAGAACCAUCCCAUGAGAGCCGCCUUACUUCUAGCUCCGCUCUCUGUUGUGCUCGCUUUAGGCGGCUAUUUUCUUCUUAGAGGAGUAUUCUCCCUGAUCGCGGUGCGCGUCUCUAGCAAAGAUGUGAUAUCACCGCGGGCUGCAAAUAAGAUCCGUCAAACUAUAACUCGGUGUUCCCUCACUGCGGCGCUGGUUGCAGUCUUUAUAUGUGUCACCUUCGCCUGCCAUAUUUACGAGUUCAGGAAUGCUGACCUGUGGAAGGAUUCCUUUAAGAAGAAUAUCAUAUGCCGCCUCGAAGCUUUGAAGGCGACAGACAAGGAGUGUUCGUCGGGUACUCGUCCAUCAGUGUCAGUGUUGCAGCUCCGGCUGCUUUGCUGCUUCGCGGCGGGCGCACUCAUGGCGUCCUGGACCUGGACCCCGGCUGCCGCGGCCGGCUGGAGACGCUAUUUAGCAAGGAAAUGCGGCUGUUCGGUAGAGGCUGAGGUGACGCGUCGAGCGCGCAAACAUGAAUUGAUAGCGCGUGCAUACCGGCGCCGUGGGGAAUUCGCCGCGAGGGGCAGACUGUCUAUAUCACUAGGCGGCUCUAGGCAGGACCCAGUAGGCCUUUGUAUCGAUCCUACCUCUCCCGCUGAUUAUCCAGAUGAUGCUAAACAUGAGAGUGGAGAACUUUCGUCAUCGUGGGCAGCGACCCUGCCUCGCUUCGUUCGACGUCGCGAUGCUCUAGUGUUGCCGACACACACUCAUCAUUCACUCAGCUCCACGCCGGACCGUCGCAACUCACAGGACUCGCAGAUUAGUAUUAGCCUACGUCAUGUUUCAGUAGAGUCUCGACGAAACUCGCUCGACAGCCAGCUGUCUGUCAAGAUAGCUGAAAUGAAAACAAAGGUGGGGCGACGCCGACCCAAGCAUAGCAAGGCUAAGCGCAAGGCCCGCGCCGCUAACACUCGCAAAGAAAGCACGCCUUCUAUCGAGAGCCAAAUAAGUCGCUACUGGCUGCAGGCUGUAGCUGCCAACAAUGAUCCGUCCCGAGAGGAGGUCAAAUUCAGCUUCGACUGAUACGAGCCAUAUCGUGAUAUAUAUCCAAAUUUGCAAUUCAUGCAUUGAAACGUUGAUACUUAUUAUGUUAAGUGAAUUGUUUACUUAUAAUAAUUUACACAAACUAGAUAUAAGGAAAAAUGUUCAAACUAAGAUUGCAUACAAGCAAGGGAUGGGUGUGAUUUGUACUUGAAAAUGAUUCACAAAGGUUUAUAUGCGUGUCAAAAUUUCGUUGUUUUGUAAACUUGUACAAAGCUCUAUUUAUUAUUCUGACAUUAGAUGCAAGCGUAUCGCACUCCGUUGCUGACGCCCAUGCCCAUAGGAUUGCUAACUAUGUAUAUUGAAAUAAGCGCAAUUGCACUUGUUGCUGUUUAUUAUUUUAAGGAUACAUUUUGAGUUGAGCAAAUUUAUUCGUCAUUUAUCAUUGAAUAUAAGGAAACAAAGACUGAUCAGAAUCUCGAAGGAGUAAUGUUUUAUAUUUCUCCUGUUUAACAAUAUCCAUGACAAUGCAUUUUUGUGAUAUCCAUGACCUCGACAGUACAUGUGCCAUAAAACUAGCUCUUCAUUAUAGUUCAUUGGAUUUGACUGAAAUAUUUUUUAGCUUGUAAGAAUCAAGUUUCUUAUCAUACAACUGUUAUAUUAAAUAUUUGAAUGUAAAAAGCAAUGUUGUAAUGUUGAAAGUUGGAUGUUUACAUUUUUUACUAAUAUAUUUUUGGGCAAUAAGAAUAUGUUGCUUGUCCAUGAAACUAUGUACAAGAUACGGUUGUGAUACCAGUUUUUAUUGUGAGGCUAUAUUUUGAUGAAAUGGGCAAUUACAUCGCCACUUAUUUUUAAUAAGUAUUUUGUAUUAGAGUUGAUCUGCAAAAUUAUGCACCUGGCAGCUAAAAUAAGACUCACUUUUGUAUUUUAGACAUGUAUUUGAUUUUUGGAGGAAUCUCAUAUUAAUUAUCACCGAUUUUAAAAGUGAUAGGUGAGAUUUGUUCUUUGGUAACAGUAGUUUAAAAGUUAUCAGGAUUGUUACCUAACAUACUGUGGUGGUAAAGAUUGUAUCCACUCCUUUGAUGUCUUUACUGUUGCUACCCAGCAACCUAGAUCGUGUGGAGCCACAGAAAGUUGUGUUUUGUUUCCUGUUUACCUCUUGACAUAUGUUACUUUUGGGAGCUUUACUUCCAGAAAUAGUCAUUAUUACUAAAACAUCCUUCUAGACACCUAGAGGAUACAUUUGGUAGCCGUUUACUUAUUUUUAUGUAUAUUUAUUCUCUGUCAACAAAGGUUUCACCUGCUUUUUCAGAGUAUUAAGUCUGUGCUAGCUUUAAAUUUUGAUAUUAAUUUUGCAUAAGUUAUACUUUUAC